GCACAUUCUCAGACAUGGUGGCACAGCAGGGGAGACGUACAGAUGUCACACAGUAAGGAUAACUGAUGAGUGAGAUAUGGUCGAUUAAAACAUGAGGUCAACGCAGACAGGUCUGAAGAUAUAAAAGCAGCGAUUCAAUGUCUUAAAUACGGAGAAAGCAACAGUGAGAUGGAUGCCUCCCAUAGAGCCCUGCUGCUUCUGUCCUGGGCAUGUAUGGUCCUUGCCUCCACAGACAGUGUUGAAUUUUGCUGUGGGAGAAUUUUCCCAGAGUCGCCAGUGUUGGAGGUCGGUAAGGAGUUCACCGCAACUUGCGUUCUGUCAGAAAAGGGAAAGAAAGAGACUGGAGCCACUGCUGAUGACAUCUACUGGGACUUUAAAAAUGUCCCGGUGCCCAAAGAGUAUUACACCAAACUUAACGACUCAGCCGCGAGCAUGACUGUGAACGUCACCAGUGACCUGGAGAGCCCCUUGAAGUGCAACGUUAUAACACGUUUGGCAUCACUUCACAGCUCCCCUAGGAUUGUGCAUGGAGUGUUUUUCAGUGUGGGAUAUCCCCCUGAAAAGCCAAGGAAUCUGACCUGCAUGGUGGUCUUGUCUGUUCAUAAUCCUUCACGGUCUCCCAUGACAUGCUGGUGGGACCCUGGGACCAGAGACCCCAUUCUGGACACCAGUUAUACCUUGAUUGUCAGAGAACCUACAAAGAAUCAUAGCUUCGCAGCUGAGAGAGACAGAGGGCAGGUACACUUUGAAACCUUGCCAGUUUAUGUGAGUGUGGACAUAUGGGUACAAGCGGAGAACAAACUGGGCAAGGAAAGAUCAGAUGUGUAUACAGUGGAUCCAGUAGAUAUAAUAAAACCAAACCCACCGUUGAAAGUACAUGUGACUUCUGAACAAGGAUUUCCUACAUCACUUCUUGUACGUUGGAACCAAUCUGUUGAAUCUGUCUACCCUAGCCUGAAGUACAACAUCCGCUUCUGUGCUGCUGGAUCUGACAUGUGGUCAGAGAUCCCUCCGAAUGAUACCCUUGGCCCCAUAGAAUCAUUUCGAGUUCAAUAUCUGGAACCCUAUACGGAGUACGUUUUUCAAGUGAGAUGCAUGAGCCAGAACGGCUAUGGCUACUGGAGUGAAUGGAGCCAAAACGCCACCGCCAAGACUCCCGAAGCCAAACCCUCUAGUAAACCAGAUUUAUGGAGAUACAUAACUUCAUCUGAAGACUGUGCUGAAACUAGUGUUGAGCUGAUGUGGAAGGCUCCCGUUCAUUCAAAUGGAAGAAUUGUGGGAUAUAACAUCACAGUACAAGAAGAUGGCAAAGUUAAAAGCUUCCAAGCCAGUGAAGGCGAUCAGAUGUACAAGACGUCUGUAAAAAGACCUGUUUUAAUUACACUCACAGCACACAACUCAGUUGGAGCAUCUCCAGCAGCAUAUUUGAUCAUCCCUAAAACGAAUCGGGACCCCCUGCCAGUGAAAAAUGUGACCUGCUUGCCACGGGACGGUACUCUGUGGGUCGAAUGGGAGCCGCCGCGCCCCAACCUCACAGAAUAUGUGCUGGAGUGGGUAUCGGUCAGCGACGGAGCCAUGGACUGGCAGAGAGAGCCAGGUUCUGCCAGGCAGGCCUCCCUCAAAGGUGAUUUUCAACCAUUCAAACGUUACAACGUGUCUGUGUACCCAGUACACCAAGGGAAACCUGGGAAACCAGUGACUGUACAAGCGUAUCUCCAACAAGGACCUCCAUCAGUGGGCCCCUCAGUGAGAGAGAAGAGCACGGGGAAGACACACAUGGAAUUUCAGUGGGAUGAGCUUACUCUAGACCAGAUGAAUGGAUUUAUCACCAACUACACUGUAUUCUACAAAACAGGGGACACUGAAAAAUUCAUAACCCUCCCUGCUAAUGCCACCUCGUGCAAACUGCGAUCGCUGUCUGCUGAGAGCAAAUACGUGGUGUGGGUGAUGGCAUCCACAGCAGGGGGGUCAACGAUCGGCCCUGGCUUUACAUUCAACACUCUCAAAUACGCAUCUGGGGAAAUUGAAGCGAUUGUGGUGCUUGUUUGCAUUGGCUUCCUGUUUUUCACUGUGCUGACGGUGCUGGUCUGCAUCAACAAGAAGGAAAUGAUUAAGAAACACGUCUGGCCCCAGGUUCCAGACCCGUCCAACAGCACCAUCGCUAACUGGUCCCCUGACUUCCCUUCCCGGCCUGAAGCUCCUAAAGAAGGAAGCCUGACGGAUGUGAGCGUGGUGGAGGUGGACGUGUUCGAUAAGAAGUCCCUGGGCGAGGAGGAUAAGGCCUCUCUGCCUCUGAAGAAGGACAAGUACCUGUCGGAGGAGCACAGCAGCGGCAUCGGCGGCUCAUCCUGCAUGUCUUCCCCGAGGCAGAGCGUGUCGGACAGCGACGAGGGCGACUCGGGCCAGACCACCGCCAGCACCGUGCAGUACUCCUCCGUGGUGGCCAGCGGGUACAAAGGCCAGACGCCCUCCCAGGUGCCGCCCAGCUUCGCCCGCUCCGAGUCCACCCAGCCGCUCCUGGACAGCGAGGAGCACCACGACGACCCGCAGGGACAGGACAGCGGCGAGCAGCCUCACACCCAGAGGUACCCCAGGACCGGCCAUUUCAGAAGGCCCCGGACAGUCGACGAGAGCAGUCCCCUGAAGCUGCACCAGAUCGAGAUGGCCGAGCACAGCUCCGGCCCCUUAGGGUUCUGCUCCGUGGAGGAGGGGUCCCAGCAAACCACACCCACUGCAGAGGCGGGUAUAGAUGAUGAGAAUGUGGGCCCCGCCCCCUCGUACAUGCCUCAGCGGAGUGGCUACAGGCCACAGUGAGAGGGGUCUUGUUCAUGCCCUGAACAUGGGAACCUCAAGACCUCCACUUAUGUUUUCCAAAACGUCCACAGUGCCUCUGUUUGACUUUCUACCACCCCCC